AUGGCGUUCAGGGGAGAGAAGGCUGGUGGCGGAGCUCAGCAGAAAUCCAGCACUGUCUGGAUUUCUUUCACGUCCAAAGGUUUUACUGCAGAACUCCAUUUGGCUCAUGCUUUCUUAGAUACUUCGACCCACCUUCCUUCUAAACUUGCACAAAAACUUUCAGAAUUUGAUGUUGGGACUCAUCAAGGUUCAUGUAGAAGAAAAGAAGACAAAAAUGUUAAACCUUAUCAGCAGAGGCUGAUCUUUGCAGGCAAGCAGCUGGAAGAUGGCCGCACCCUGUCUGACUACAACAUCCAGAAGGAGUCCACCAUGCAUCUGGUCCUGCGCCUGCACGGUGGCAUGCAGAUCUUCGUGAAGACCCUGACCGGCAAGACCAUCACCCUGGAGGUCAAGCCCAGCGACACCAUCGAGAAUGUCAAGGCCAAGAUCCAGGAUAAGGAAGGCAUCCCUCCCGACCAGCAGAGGCUGAUCUUUGCAGGCAAGCAGCUGGAAGAUGGCCGCACCCUGUCUGACUACAACAUCCAGAAGGAGUCCACCCUGCACCUGGUCCUCCGUCUUAGGGGUGGCUAUUAAUUCAUCUCAUUGCCUAGUAAUGGCAUUACUCGACCAUAGCAUUUGCCCACCCCCAAUUUAAGUUUAGAAGUUACCAGCUUCAAUAAUGGCUGAAUCUGUUCAAAAUACUAAUAAAGGUUUUGUUGCAUGAAAA